AUGAUUCAGAAUGAAUUCCAAGCUAGGUGUGCUACUAAUAUCUUUAAACCAAUUCUUAGUGAUUUUAAUCAGAUAAAGGAUGAUUAUUUGAAUUAUAUUAACAAAAUUAAUGAUCCCAUAUUAAAAUACAUUUCUCUUUACUUUGUAAAAUAUUAUAUAGAUGGAUAUAAAUAUUACCAUAAGAGUAAUAAAGUUCAUAGAGACGGAGCUUGCGGAUAUCUCAGAAAAUGGUUACAAGAAAAAAAAGAUUUAUACACGUUUGGUGGGAAGUGUAAUAUAAACUUAAGGUUGUGGAUAAAUCAUAUUGGAACUCUGUGGUAUAUGUUUGAAGGAGACAAAGAUUACCUUUUUUUAGAAGGUAAUGUAUUAAAAACUUGGUGUAAAUAUUAUAACAUGUACGAUUUAACACGUUUUCCUUCUGAAGUGAACCUUACUAAUUGUGACAAAAUCAUUUCUCAUGAAUCUGGUAGUCAAUUCACCCCUCUUACAUCAUAUGACAAGGAAUGCGAUUGUUCUGAAUAUUAUAUUCCUGAAAGAUCCUAUAUUACAGAUAAUACCCAAGAAAAGGAUACAACUAAGAAGUUUGCAGUUAGUUCGGCUUUGGGA